AUGCAAUCAGAGUCUCGUGCCGUAUCUCAACAUACACCUCCUAUCGACCCACCCAAAGCCAGUGUUCAACCCAUCCAACAUGGAAAUGACCUCGAUGAUGCUGUCGCAGCCCCCGAUGCUCUCCUGCCAAGAGAGAGCGGGGGCUGCCUCACGGCAGACUCUGCAACACAAGAGUCUGGUGACGCGUUCCUGAAAGAUGAAGUGCACAUUCCGCCUUCAUCACCUGCCCAGCGAGUGAGCGAUUACGAAAGCAUCGCAACGCCUGGCAAGGAUGGUGACAGCUCGGUAUUCCACGACUCAUCUUUCAACCGAUCUUCGAAGCUACCGUUAGAGACUCUACCAAAUGAGGUGCUCACUCACAUCCUGUCGCAUUUGCCACCGCAAUCUCUUUCCGCAAUAACGCUUGUGUCUCGGCGUUUUCAUGCAUUGGUGACUACUCCUCAUGCAUGGAGAAUUGCCUUUUCCCGGUUCUUCCCGGGUCCUCAAACGAUUCAGAAUGGGCGCUCGAACACGAGUAAUCCGGAGGAUUUGAUUUCGGACAGACGAUAUUUUGCUCGAUUGACCGCACUGGCAUCGUGGCGGAGCGAGUAUAUUCUUCGUACCCGUCUGAUGCGAUCUCUAUCCCGGGGCAAGCCAGCACAAUUUCAACCUGCAAAACGACAAGGUGUGGUGCGCUCGGCGAGCUCUCGCAACGGUAGUGCUAUCGCAACAUAUCCUUCACAGCUCGUGUUUCCGGUGAGUCAUAUUCAUGGCACGUUUAACGGCACGUCCACGGAGCCCAAUUUUAUCCAUGGCGCUUCCGAGCAGGGACUCGCCUCUGCCAGUGAUCCAUCCGCCGUGAAAGUGACCACUUGGGGCAUUUCUGAUACCCGAGUAUUUCGUCACUUUGCCGACAGUUUCCCAGGCGACGUGCCUUAUGGCCUUGGGCCAGGCGAGCUGGUGGGCGUACCCAACUCCAUGGAUGUCAGCCAGCCUUACGGAAUGAUUUACGGUGAAGGCUGUCCGCAAGGUCGCAGCUACUUUAUUUCAAGCUCGGAGCAACGUGGUCGCUUUCUCGGUCCAUCAGAACUUGUUCCCCAACCAAAGUUGGGUAUUCCCGCUACGAAUAUGAUCACUCAUGCCAUUUGUUCUGUCUGGAUUGCAAAGUCGGCAUCCAUAUUGAAAGCGACAAACGGUCUGAUUGCCAUGAUGACUGGCUCCUCCUCCGGUAUUCUGACGGCAUAUGCCAUGGGCCCUCACCCCUCCUACGACAAGCGGUACGAUAGGGGACAGGUGACUGCCAAAUGGGUUAUCAGCCCCGGCGUACCCAUCAUUAGCAUUAAUGUCGACAAUGAUUACUCGAGUCGGCGGCAUGCCCAGCGACGUACAUGGGCGGUUGUGCUCAACGCCCUCGGUGAAGUUUUCUAUUUGACCGAUCUUCCAAAAUCCCCUGAAAUGCCACCUACUGCCAAGUUGAGUGCGGAGCAACACGAGGAACUCGCUUGGAAAACGGGCAGAAGCGUACGUUGGGAGUUGAUAGAGAUAAGCCGUCGAAUUGCUCGGCCAGACCCCUUCAGUCACGAUCCGGUUGACGGGAGCUACAGUCCGCGCUCCUCGUCUGAUUCCAUGCAACUUGAUGAGAACCAAGUUGCCGCGGAGACCAAGGAGAUAGAGAAAUUCCUCGCCUAUCGCCCGAAGCACUUCCGCAAGGUAUGCGAGAAUUGGAACAUGCGUCGUGAUCUUCAUGUCGACUUUGCGGGUGACGAUGGACGAGGUCACGGUGAGUCUGCGCUUAUCAUCGCCCGAGGCAACGGCGACGAUGAGAAAGCGUCGGUCCGACGGUACGUUCGGGUUGCCUCUAAAACCGAUUUUGCUCCCUUACCAUUCACGCAGGGGGUGUCCUCGGGGCCUCAAAGUCCAGCACCGCGAUCAAUUUUUGGUGGACCCACGACCCCCUCAUCUUCCACGCCCACACAGAGUUUCCCGCCCUCACGCUCGUCAGGUCGAUUCAACGAGCGACAGCGCGAAAUAAGCACGGAAUGGCGGACGUCGGAGUUUACCUUUGGUAAUCGAAAGGGAAUUGAAAUCACUGCCACGGCUUUGGACAAUUCUUCUUUUGCGACUGUCACUGCGCAGGAAGAUCCUCUGUUGGCCAUGUCAGGAAGUUCAUUCUCUUCGGCCCUUUCCUCACCCAUGCUUCCGCACAUGGAACAGCCACACUCGAGUCUUGAAGUACCUGGUCAACGUGCACGCUAUCUCGCAGUGGGUACCGCCAUGGGCGGAAUAUUCGUAUGGGAUAUCCGUGCGCUGCCAGCGCAAAGUUCAGAUAUCACCAACUCCGUUGCGCCAUUGCGGAUCAUCCAAACCGAGUCGCCACAAGUCUCAUGUAUUGCGCUCACUGCCUUGUACCUCGUACACGGUGGCAAUGAUGGCUUGGUGCAGGCCUGGGAUCCCUUGGCCUCAUCAACCAGGCCAAUCCGGACCAUCAAUUCGCGAUUCUCCUCUCGUGCUCGGCGACGACUAGUUCAAGCAGACCCGUCAAUGUUAGGUGUGGGAGGCAAUUACUUUGCCACUGGUGCCAUUUGCCUAGAUCCAGAUCCAACUGUCCUGCGAGGCAUGGUCUCCCUGGGUACCCAUCUCCGCUAUUGGUCUUAUAGCUCUACCGGUGCAGAUCAGUACAAGGCUAGCAAACGUCGACUUCGUCGAUCUCUUCGCGGUAGCAACGGGACGGCGGAUGGUCAGCGCUUCAACAACAGUGGGCGUGGCGCCAUUCGUGACUUUAUCGAGGACGAGCGCUCGGAGUUGAAACGCCAAGAAGUGGAGAACGCAAAAGAAAGGGCUCAUCUCAGUGCCCGGUUUGGAGUUGACUUGCUGGGCCCAGACGUGGAUGAAGAGCAGCUUUUGCUCUACGCAAAACUUCUCAGCGAGGAGGCCCACGCCGCCAAGGAAGAUGCGGCUCGACAGGAACAAGAGCUUCAGACUGCCAUCGCAAGCUCUGCUACGAGCGCCUCCAUGAGUGAUGUCGUCGGCCCAAGCUCCUUCGGUCAGGCAGAAGUGUCGUCUUCCUCGUCUCCUUAUCAAGACGCGGUUGAGGAGACCAUGGACGAGGACCUGGCUGAAGCAAUCCGGUUGAGCUUGCUGGAUGACCAAGUUUCUGAUCCCAGCCAGGACGCGACCGCUUCAAUCCCGAUCAAGUAUGCGAAAAGCCCUCGUAAACCCCGCCAGUCAUCACCUGGCUCCGGCAGCGGCCCGGAGGGAAGUCGGAGGCAAGAGAUGGAUGAUCUUGAGUUCGCCAUUCAGCUCAGUCUUGCAGAGGACAGGAGUCGCAGCGAAGUGGCUGGGGAAGUGAUCGGUGAUGAGUUCGAGGAGUUCCCAGAGCUGUCUUCAGCGGCGUUGUCCUCUUCUCAGUCUUCCGGCAAAGGCAAGGGCAGAGCGCAAGCGUGGUAG